AUGUCGACACUCACCACAACGACAUUGAAAUCUUCCUAUCCGCCCAUUCUCCCACCUCCAUUCACAGCCAACCAACCACCCACGAUCAGAUUAUAUCCUCUGUCGAACUACACGUUUGGAACCAAAGAGACCCAACCAGAGGAAGACCCAUCGGUGGUGGCCAGGCUAAAGAGACUGGAAGAACAUUAUGAGAAAUAUGGCAUGAGACGGACGUGUGAGGGCAUCCUCGUCUGUCACGAACACAACCACCCGCACGUCCUCAUGCUGCAGAUUGCAAACGCCUUUUUCAAACUGCCUGGGGACUAUCUUCCCCAUGAUGCGGAUGAGAUUGAAGGCUUCAAGCUGCGGCUGAACGAGAGGUUGGCACCCACGAAUCCGAAAGAGGGGGACACGGAAUGGGAAGUGGGAGACUGUCUCGCACAAUGGUGGCGCCCGAACCACGAAACCUUUCUCUACCCAUUUCUCCCCGCCCACGUCUCCCGGCCCAAAGAGCUCAAGAAACUCUACCUAAUCCAUCUCCCGCCCAACAAGGUGCUCAGCGUGCCCAAAAACAUGAAACUGCUGGCCGUCCCCCUGUUCGAGCUGUACGAUAAUACCGCACGCUACGGGCCGCAGUUGAGCGCAAUCCCGCACUACCUGUCGCGCUAUCGGUUCGAGUAUGUCGAUGAGGAAGGGAAUGUCGCGAGCGUCAUGCCCGGCGGAGGCGCCCUACCGGGGCCGGACGGGAAAUUUGAAGUAAAGGUCCUGAGCGACGGGGGGACAGAAGAGGAGAAGAUGGAGAAUGGCCAUUGA